CGAAGAGAUCCCCUCCUCACGAAAACAUGAGCGCGCAGUCUACGUUCUCGCAAACACCCACCUACAGGGCGCACCUCGCCAACCCCAAGGAAGUGACGGCCGAAGAAGCUCUUGUCUACGAAGAACUGAAGCGUGCCAUCACUUUGCUUGAAACGGUGGUCAAGACUAACGCCAAGGAAAAGAUCUCGCGCAUCUUGCGAACCACCAGCAAGCUGCGCAAGACGCUGUCAGUGGCGCAGCUACAGCAGGCGGUAGAGCAGCUGCUUCCCUCGCAGAACGUGUCUAAGCCCGUGCUGCUGGCGCUGCUGGCCAAGAUCGAGACCAAGGCUCAAGCUGCGGCUAGUGAGGCUCGUGCUAACGUGACGAAGGACCAGGAUGUGGAGAUGACGGACGCUUCAUCGCCGGAAGUGGAGGCUACGACUUCUGCCCCCACCGCUGUGGUUCUCCCUGUGGUGGAUCUCAUUGAAGUGGAGAUUUACUUGUUCUUGUACGUACUGGCGGCGUUGAUGAAGUACAAGUUGGCUCAGGAGGCUCUGAACACGGUUGACAAAGUGGUGGAUCGCUGUCAGCAGUUUAACCGCCGCACCCUGGAUUUAUUCCAGGCCAAGGUGUUCACGUACUACUCCAACAUCCACGAGCAGUUCGGCCACGACCUGGCCGCUAUCCGUAAUACUCUGCUAGGCGCCCACCGCACAGCGUGUCUGCGUUACGACGAGGCUGGACAGGCAACACUGAUCAACUUGCUGCUGCGCAACUACCUGAAGGACAAUAUGUACGAACAGGCCUAUAAGUUCGUGAGCAAGACGACGUUCCCCGAGUCAGUGUCGAACAACCAGUUUGUGCGCUAUCUGUAUUACGUGGGCAAGAUCCAGGCCGUGCAGCUCGAGUACACCGAGUCGUACACGAAGCUGAUGCAGUCCAUCCGCAAGGCUCCGGCUAACACGGCGUUUGGCUUCCGGCGCACGGUGUACAAGCUCGCAAUUAUUGUGCAGUUGCUCAUGGGUGAGGUGCCCGAGCGUAAUGUGUUCAACCAGGAUGAGCUCCGCAAGGCGUUGGCGCCGUACCUGCAACUCACAAACGUAGGUUUGCUGAACGAGGCUGUACGCGUGGGUAACCUGGAGGACUUCAACGUGGUUUUAUCGCAACACGGAGCGGUUUUCAAGGCUGACAACACGUACACGCUGAUCCUUCGCUUGCGUCACAACGUCAUCAAGACGGGUCUGCGCAAGAUCAGUACUUCGUACUCGCGUAUCCUGUUCACCGACAUCUGUGAGAAGCUGGCACUGGAGAACGCCCAGAACGCCGAGUUCGUGUGCGCCAAGGCUAUUCGGGAUGGCGUGAUCGACGCUGUGAUCGAUCACGAGAACGGCUGGCUGCAGCUGAAGGAGACGGUAAACGUGUACACUACCAAUGACCCGCAAACGGCUUUCCAGAGGCGUAUCACCUUCUGUCUGGACGUGCAUAAUGAAGCUGUCAAGGCCAUGCGUUACCCGCCGGAUGCCUACAAGAAAGACCUUGAAAGCGCCGAGGAGCGCCUCGAGCGCGAGAAACAGGAGGAGGAGCUUGCCAAGGUAAUUGAAGACGAGAUGGACGAAGGACUUUAA